AUGCUAUACCAAAGCAAAGCAACUAUAACUGGAAAACUUAAGGAAACUGCCGAUAAUAACAAGGAUAGCAGCACUCGCAUCAACUUCGGCAACCGGUUAUCCAAAUCAUUCACUAGCGCAUUCACCAAUCCCGACGCUGACAACACUGACAGCACCGUCACCGAUACAGGUGUAAUCGAAACCAGUUCAGGUGAGACCAACACCACUAACACAGGGUCAACUGGUGUACUCAAUCACGUAAAUACUCUUCGCGACAUCACUUAUCACGAAGAGCAACUAACAGAGAUAGCAAAGAAACUUCGACGUCCCGUUCCACACUCAAUCGUCGAUAUGACAGCGCCAAGCUCUGCACCUACGCAGGCGCCGGCACCUAACAUCUUCCCGAAAUCUAGUAUAGCAAACACCUCAAUUAACUCACCCACAGCCUCAAACACCCCAAAUCUCCAACAACUGGUAAACUCUCAGCAACAGUCAGCCCCACUCCAGCAACAGCUAACAUACCAGCUGCGAUAUCUUCCAACAGUGUACAAAAUCGGAUACAACUAG